AUGGAAUCGAUCGGAGGGAAAAAGGAAGAUGAUUACAACAAUAGCAAUCAGCAGCCAGCCAUCUUGGAUGAAGAUAAUGAACGUGUCGCCCUCGAUCUUAAGGCUGGCCUCCACCCUCUCAAACACAAAUUUGUAUUUUGGUACACUCGGCGAACUCCCGGAGUCAGAACACAAACAUCAUACGAGGAUAAUAUCAAAAAGAUUGUAGACUUCAGUACAGUGGAAGGUUUUUGGGUAUGCUAUUGUCACUUGGCUCGCCCCUCCACAUUGCCAAGCCCAACAGAUUUGCACUUGUUUAAGGAUGGUAUUCGUCCUCUGUGGGAGGAUUCUGCUAACUGCAAUGGCGGGAAAUGGAUUAUUAGAUUUAAAAAGGCUGUAUCUGGCCAUUUUUGGGAGGACCUGGUCCUAGCAUUAAUAGGGGAUCAACUUGAGUAUGGCGACAAUGUUUGCGGUGCAGUACUAAGCAUCCGGUUUAACGAGGAUAUAUUGAGUGUAUGGAACCGCAACGCAUCUGAUAAUCAGGCUGUGAUGGGGCUGAGGGACUCUAUCAAGCGGCACUUGAAGCUUCCCCAUAGCUAUGUGAUGGAAUACAAGCCGCAUGAUGCUUCGCUACGCGACAACUCCUCUUAUCGCAACACUUGGCUAAGAGGGUAG